AUGGAGAAAUCAACCAGAUAUCAAAACGAGAUUUUCACAGAGGAUGUCGAUCGGCUAUCACAGCGAUCCUCCCUGACUUAUGACGAAGCAAAUGACUUGACAUUAACACCUUACAAUGGCAACACUAACAGUCAAGCGCACCCAACAUCUGAUCUGGAAAAAGUAUCUACUGUUAAAACUGAGAAAUACGAUCCAGAGACAGGCGGACUAGACGCCUUGGAGACACACAAGACUAAUGUCACUAUGGCCAGCAUCAUCGAGUUGCCUGAAGAUGCCUUUUACAAAGGUAUUCCAGAUGGCGGCUAUGGAUGGGUUGUAGCCAUUGUAGGCUUUCUCAUCAACUUUAUCAUGUUUGGCACCGCUUCCAUUUGGGGUGUCUUUUCUAAUGCAUACGCCACAACUAUCCUUAAAGACAAAGCAACUACCAUUGAAUUGAUGGGUGUUGGCUCUACUUUGAUUGUCUGUUUGAAUGUGUUUACUCCCAUCAGUCCAUUAUUAGCUCCUUUGGGUGCUCGUCUCACGAUGGUCAUUGGCAGUGUUCUCAUGUCAUUGGGCAUCAUUUUGGCUGGCUUUAGCACAGAAGUUUGGCAUCUCUAUUUGACUCAGGGCGUCUUGUUUGGUAUUGGUGCUUCUUUAGUGUACAUGUCUAUUGUCGCUGUGAUUCCUCAGUGGUUUACUACGCGACGAGGUACUGCUAUGGGUAUCAGUUCAGCUGGCUCUGGCUUUGGUGGUUUGGCUCUGAGUCCCAUGGUAACGUCUCUUGUCGAGAAAUAUGGGCUUCCUUGGGCUUACCGUAUUGUUGGUUUGAUGGCUUUUGGUAUCUGUAUCAUUGCCUCGUUAUUGAUCCGUACUCGUUUGCCUCCAGGACACAACAAGCAGCCUGUUCGUUCUCCCAUCAAGCUCUCCAUGUUGAAAGAUGUCGAUUUCGUAAUCAUGUUAUUUGGCGUAGUCAUUGCUCUUACUGGUUAUCUGAUCCCUCUCUUUUACUUGCCAAAGUACUGCUCAUCUUACGGUAUCAGCCGUGCUGAUUCAUCCAAUAUCGUAGGUGUUGCAUGCGCCAUGAAUGCCAUUGGUCGUCUUGUUCUCGGCUACUUUGCUGAUCGUAUUGGUCGCUUGAACAUGUAUGUGCUCGCAUCUACUUUUGCAGGUCUUAUUUGUAUGAUCUUGUGGCCCUUUGCAAAGACAUACGGCUCCUUGAUGGCAUUCGCUGUCCUCUUUGGUUUCACGUGUGGUAUCUACUAUGCUCUUGCUCCACCCAUCACUGCAGCUGUCGUCAGCCCUGAUAACCUUUCAUCUGGCUUGUCCAUUCUGUUUGUUGUGAGUGCAGUUGCUGCCACUGGACCACCUGUUGCAUCUGCCAUUCAAGAGGUUACACCUGGUAACGGUUAUAUAGGCGUUCAAAUGUUCUCCGGAGCAGUGUACCUCUUUGGAUCUCUUAUUUGUGUACUUCUCAAGUGGAAAAUGACAGGCUCACUUUUCUCUAAUAUGUAA